GGGCAUCUGAAACCUCUCCAACCCACUGCCUGCUCACCUAGAUUCUUUGAAGGUGUCCCCAGAGCAGCAGCACGAGUGUUUACCAAAUUCAUGGAACAGCCAGAACGACAAAGCCUCUUGUACUUGUGGAAAAUUUGAUAUCAGCUGCUCCAAAAUAAGAGCCAAAGAUGUUUGUCUUGCUUUAUGUUACGAGUUUUGCCAUCUGUGUAAGUGGACAACCUCGUGCUAAUCAUUUCAAAGGAGAAAGUCCCUCCCCAAGGUAUAUAUGUAGUGUGCCUGGCUUACCUGGACCUGCAGGUCCCCCAGGAGCUCAUGGAUCACCUGGGCCACAUGGACGUAUUGGCCUUCCGGGAAGAGAUGGCAGAGAUGGCAGGAAAGGCGAAAAAGGAGAAAAGGGAAACGCAGGUUUCCGAGGCAAGACCGGAUCUCUAGGACCUGUGGGAGAGAAAGGGGACCAAGGAGAGACGGGCAAAAAAGGACCUGCAGGAUUAGGAGGGGACAAAGGAGAUGUGGGACACACUGGAGUUCCUGGACCUAAAGGAGACAGAGGGCAGCCGGGUCAACGGGGCGUUCCCGGCAUCUGCAAGUGUGGAAAUACAGUGCUCAAGUCUGCCUUUUCAGUGGGCAUUACCACAAGCUACCCGGAAGAAAGGUUACCGAUCAUCUUCAAUAAAGUCCUUUUCAACGAGGGAGAGCACUACAACCCUUCCACUGGAAAGUUCAUCUGCGCUUUUCCCGGAAUCUAUUACUUCUCUUACGAUAUCACUUUAGCCAAUAAACACCUGGCCAUCGGACUGGUGCAUAACGGGCAGUACCGGAUUAAAACCUUUGACGCCAACACUGGGAACCACGACGUCGCCUCUGGAUCCACGGUGAUCUACCUUGAGCCGGAAGACGAGGUCUGGCUUGAGAUCUUCUUUGCGGACCAAAAUGGGCUCUUCUCUGAUCCCAGCUGGGCAGACAGUUUGUUUUCUGGAUUUCUCUUGUAUGUCGACACGGAUUAUCUGGAUUCCUUAGUUGAGGAUGAUGAACUGUGACAGGGCUGAUGGUGAUGGCAAUGGACCUUCCAAAGCACGCAGUUCAAACAGACACGGGAUUUAAUCUGGGAGCCGUGGAAGGCAAGACAGCAGUGAUGCUGUUGGAAAUACUGCCGGUGAAAUCCGAAAGAAAUUACAGAUGUUACCAUCCAACGUAAUCGAACGGGAUGCUUUAUUCCCCAGUUAGGAACGUGCAGAAUGGAUCACGUAGAACUCCGGAUAUAAAUCCUCUUGAAAGCAAUGUUCAUAAAUAUUUAAACAAAUGAAAGAUAAUGUCUACAAAUUUUAUAUUAAAUACAUUGAAUUAGAAUAUCUGCUGACAA